AUUACGUCAGCUGUUCAAAAUAGACAUCAAAAGUCGAGAGAAAAUACGCAAUAAAAAGUGAAAUAAAAAUUGAAAACUUAUCUGAUCCACCGGCUCAGGCCUGAAAUAUAUUGCAUAAAAUACGUUUGAAAGUUAAUCGAUGCUGUAGAGACCUACAAUCUAUAGUUGUCUUGCAAAAUAAGCCCCCAAAACGAUGUCUUUUCGUUUCCUUACCAAUCGACUAUUCAGCCAUGGUCGAUAUUUUGUCAAACGUUACUGUAAGCGAAACAUACACAACAACAUUUUGGAACGACCGAGAACACGAUUACAACCAGGUGCUACUGCGGUUAGUGUGACAAAGGCCGCUACCAAUCCAGUCUUCAAAAAUACAACUUUAUUUCGAUUCGGUCAACAUGCCCGUCGUCUUUUCGUCGAUAACAUUCUUAAUCGGGUGACCACCACAUAUUCUUCGGAUCUGAGAACUGACGCAUUGAAGAAAUUCCUUUACGGCGAUUCGACUCCUCUGUUUGCUUUGAUUGGUGUAAGUCUUGCGACUGGAUCCGGAAUUUUAACAAAGGAUGAUGAACUCGAAGGCGUCUGCUAUGAAAUCAGGGAAGCAGUGUCUCGCUAUCAGUCGCAUUGCGAUGAAGAGGACAUCACGCAGAAAAUCAACGACGAAUUCAAUUUGUCUCUUAUUGACAUCGGACCCCCUAUAGCUAAAGGUUGUGCGGCUGUUGUCUACGCAGCUGCACUAAAGAGAAGCGACCAAACGAACAUUGAACCAUUGAAUGUGACCGAAGUUAAACCACGAACAUUGCCACUGUCACCGCGGAACGAAAUGAUGUCACCUAUUCAAAACACAAGUCGAUUCGUACACAAUUUCGGAGGAAGCGUCGACAAUCUGUCUUUCAAUCGACCGAAUGUUGACAAUGAAUUCGUGACGCCAACAAGCCAAACCAGCAACGAAACCAAUUCAACUAAAGUGUCCAGCAUCCAUGGGGUCAAGUCAGUCCGAUUUGAUACCGCAUCAAAUGUUAUCCACUCGAAGCGAAACGAAAGUUUAUCGUCUUCCGACGAGGAAUCGCCAGUUGAGGUUUGUCCAUGCGAUAAGAUGGUUUCACAAGGGAAUUCAUUGAAUUUGAAUCUUUUGCUCCAGCUGACUCCGCAGUCAACCGAUUUGGCGCAAUAUCCCUUGGCUUUGAAAAUGAUGUUCAACUACGAUAUCCAAAGCAAUGCCAUGGCCAUACUCAAAGCUAUGUACAAGGAGACCAUUCCGGCCCGACGUAAACAUUCGAACGAAGAUGUCGAUGGAUGGGAGAAACUAUUGCGCGAACAAACUGUUCAUCUUCCACCUCAUCCAAACAUUGUAACCAUGUACGGCGUUUUUUGCGAUCAAAUUCCGAAUCUACCACUGUCCGAUACUCUCUAUCCGAUGGCUCUUCCGUUGCGUAUCAACCCGAACGGAUACGGUCGUAACAUGAGCCUUUUCUUGUUGAUGAAACGCUACAACAGCCGUUUGUGUGAUUAUCUGGAAGAAAACAGUGUAUCGAUGCGAACUCGACUGUUGCUGUUCGCACAGCUUCUGGAGGCUGUAGCGCAUCUGUAUCGAUACGGGGUGGCACAUCGUGAUCUUAAGUCCGACAAUAUUUUGAUCGAUUUAAACAACGACGUUCAUCCCAUUCUCGUUUUGUCCGAUUUCGGUUGUAGUCUGGCUGACAAAACGAAUGGUUUGCAAUUGCCUUAUACGUCGAUCGACACCGACAAGGGUGGAAAUACUGCCCUAAUGGCUCCAGAAAUCAUAACCAAAACUCCGGGAACAUUUUCGAUUUUGAAUUAUACAAAAUCCGAUUUAUGGGCUUGCGGAGCCAUAGCUUAUGAGAUAUUCGGUCAAUCCAAUCCGUUCUAUGAAUUGAAGAAUGCAUCCUACAAAGACAACCAACUGCCAGCAUUGGGAUCAAAUGUUCCCAUCAUCGUUCAACGUUUGAUCGAAAAUAUUUUACAAAGAAAUCCCAACAAACGUCUCAAUCCAGACAUUGCCGCCAAUGUAAUGCAACUGUUUCUAUGGGCGCCAACGUCUUGGAUCCGCAAAGGAACGACACCAAAUACGUCCGAUAUCUUACAAUGGCUUCUAUCAUUGACCACAAAAGUAUUGGUCGACGAUCGAUUAAUGGGCGGUGUUGAUGGUAGCGGCAAGGAUGCGUUCGGCUAUCAGAUCGGUCGUCGUACUUAUACAGAGUAUUUACUAAUUUCGAGUUUUUUGAUGCGAGCCCGUCUACAGUACAUACGGAAUGCGUUGAAUUGGAUCCACAGUGUUGUUUAGGAGUGAAGUAAUUGUAUUGUUGCACGGUAGGUUGAUGCUUUUGCAGCAUAUUUUGUGUGAUAUUGAAAGUUGAGAGAAAAUAUAUUUUUGUUUUAAGUAA